AUGCCUUCCCUUGGCUUGGCUCUGAUGCUGCUGGCCUCUUUGAUCUCUCCGACCAGCUCCUGCACAGACCAUGAGAAGAGCUCCCUUCUCCAACUCCUCGCCGGGCUCUCGCGGGACGGUGGCCUCGCCGCGUCGUGGCGGAGCAACACCGACUGCUGCACAUGGGAAGGGAUCACCUGCAACCAAGAUGGGAAGGUCACCGACGUUUCGCUGGCUUCUCAAGGCCUCGAGGGGUCCAUCUCGCUGUCCCUCGGCAAACUCACCGGACUCUUGCGCCUCAACCUGUCGCGCAACUCCUUGUCCGGCGCCUUCCGCUGGAGUUGGUGUCGUCCGGCAGCAUAA